UUUCAAAGUUCCACUUGGACUUGACCAGCUUUGACAUGUCUACACGUAAGCUUUGUGUGCAUUAACUAACAUGGGCUUUGUUUUAAGUUAAUGGGCCUUCGGGCCGAUGCAUUCGAAACUUAAUGGGCCUCAUGUUUAGAAUCUAUCGUCUUCCUCCAACAAUAAAUAUAUAUAUAGAGAGAGAGAGCUUGAGAUCGUCGUCGUCAAUGGUGAAUCCAGACCCUAUUGGAUAAAGAAAGUCUCUCCAUCACCAUCAUGCCUUCCCAGUUGACUCCAGAAGAACGAUCGGAGCUCGCGCAAUCCAUCGCCGAGUUCCACACCUACCACCUCGGCCCGGGGAGCUGCUCCUCCCUCCACGCGCAGCGAAUCCACGCGCCUCCGGAGAUCGUCUGGUCCGUCGUCCGCCGGUUCGACAAGCCGCAGACCUACAAGCACUUCAUCAAGUCCUGCUCCGUCGAGGACGGGUUCGAGAUGCGCGUCGGAUGCACGCGCGCCGUGAACGUGAUCAGCGGGCUGCCGGCGAACACGUCGACGGAGAGGCUCGACAUACUGGACGACGAGAGGAGGGUGACGGGGUUCAGCAUCAUCGGGGGAGAGCACAGGCUGACGAACUACAAGUCGGUGACGACGGUGCACAGGUUCGAGAAGGAGAGGCGGAUCUGGACGGUGGUGCUCGAGUCGUACGUCGUGGAUAUGCCGGAAGGGAACUCCGAGGACGAUACGCGCAUGUUCGCGGAUACGGUGGUUAAGCUUAAUCUGCAGAAGCUGGCGACUGUCACUGAGGCUAUGGCUCGUAGCGCCGGCGACGGAAGCGGUGCUCAGGUGACCUGAUUAGAAAAAAAAAAAACCAAAAAAGUUAUAAAUAUAUGGGAAAAUGAAUUUGUUUUUUCUUUUUCUUUUCUAAAUUACCUUUUCGGGAAAUGUUUAUUUACGCUGCUUAAUAUAAGAUUCUGCUCUUUUGUCUGUUUUAA